UGAGUUUGAGUUCGCGUCUCUCCACAGUGUUUUCUAUGUUCACUUGAAACGGAUUGUUCCCUCAUUGGCGAUUUCAUUGUUUUUAUGGGCAUCUGUGUGUCUGGAAUAAUUUCACUUUAAACAAUAAGGAGAUGGAAAAUCUAAACGACCUGGGAGAUUACCUCAACACGGAAAUCGUGUGUACCCUGGCAGGUCUUGGGUAUUCAGAAGGGAGCGAGUAUUACAAAAGUCCAGAUUGUCUUGAGAGUCUUAAGGACCUGGUAAGGUUUCUACGUCGUGAUGACACCACCUGUGAAAUAAGACGCCAGCUGGGAUAUUCAGAAGUAUUACAAAAUGAUCUCAUUGCCAUUCUAAAGAGUUGUUCAUCUAAAGAAGGAGAAAUAUUUGAUAUGGUUAUAAGGUUAAUGGUAAACUUGACUCAGCCAGCUGUGCUUUGCUUUGAAAAUAAGAUUCCUGAUGACAAAACAGGCCAACAUUACUACUUAGAUCUUGUUACUCAGCUGCAGGCCUACAAAGAGGCAUUUACAGUGAAAGAGGUGAUGUCAGUUAUUGGACGAGAGCUGGGAAGACUGCUUCAGAUGGAAUGGGAUGACAGGCUAGAAGAAGACUCUCUGUUGAUUGAAAGAAUUCUGUUGUUGAUACGAAACAUUCUCCACAUACCAGCAAAUAAGCAAGCAGAAAAGAGAACAGAUGAUGAUGCCAGCAUACAUGAUCAAGUUAUAUGGAAUCUCCACACCAAUGGAGUUGAUGAUCUUCUACUCUUCGUGGCAUGUUCUCCAGAUGAGAGGCGAUGGAGUAUGCAUAUAUUGGAAAUUGUUUCAUUGAUGCUCAGAGAACAGAAUCCAGAGAGUUUGGCAAAAGCUGGUGAUGGAAGAUUAAGAAGUGAAAAGAGGGAUGAUGAAAGGCAGCUUGAGAUCAUUCGGCAACAUGAGCUUGCAGAAAAGUUAAACAAUGCAAGGAAAUUUUCAGGAAGACAUUCCAGAUUUGGCGGAACGUUUUAUGUCCAGAAUAUGAAAUCCAUAAAUGAUAAGAAUGAGCUUGUAUAUCAUAGACCACUUGCCGAGGUGAAAAACAUGAGUUUUGACCAUAACAAAACAGCACCUAAGAAGAGGAAAAAACAACUGCUUGCAAAAGAAAUGGGAGAAGAAAGGAGAUCCACAUUGAGCAUAAGGUUAUUUUUAAGGAACUUUUGCAAGGAGUUUUUGAAAAAUUGCUACAAUCCACUCAUGAACAUUGUAAAGGAUAACAUCAAACAUGGGAGAUCUCAAGAGAAUGAUGAAUCUUACUUCCUAUGGGCAAUGAGAUUUUUCAUGGAAUUCAGCAGACACCAUGACUUUCGAGUUGAUUAUAUCAGUGAAACCCUCAGUGUGGUGACCUUUACUGACCUUUUAAAUGUCAUAGUCAAGUUUUAUGAUGGCUUGGAAUCAAACAAAAGUGAAGCCUCUGUAUGGGGGCGCAGACUUCACCUUGCAGUUCAAGCGUAUAAAGAAUUGCUGAUCAACCUAACAUUCAUGGAUAAGUCUGAGGUUGAAAGUCUGCAAGAAAAUACCAAGAUUAUUAAAGGCAAUAUUUUCUACACACCAGAAUACAGAGAUACCUUUCUGAGUCUUCUAAAAAAGUUUAACAUGACAAUACAGACAAAGAGCUACCUGCGAGACUUGAUUGAAGCUUUCCAUAUUUUCUUGAAGAUGUUAGAAAAGUACUGCUCUGGAAAAACUCACAUUGUAGUCAAGAAAAAGAAGAAAGCUUCAAAAAAAAGGAAAAGAAAUAAGCUACCAGCUCCAGUAAACUUGACGUCAGCGGAAAGGGAGGAGAAGUGGCAGGAACUGGCUUCUGAUCUCUCAGCCACACUUCAGGGACAUGCAGGGGAUAUUCCUGAUUCAGUUGUUCCCUUUGAUGCUGCCUCAGAAAUCCCUGUUGAUGAACAGAAGACAAAUGCUUUAGCCCAAAUUCAACAGUUUCUUAGAGGUCAUCAUAGUGGAGAAGCUGUGGCAAUGCUCAGGGCAGCCAGAGAUGUUUGGCCAGAGGAUGACCAUUUUGGUUCAGUUGGAAUUAGUGCAGAAGAUGAGUUCAUGUGUUUGUCUGACAUCUUCAAAAUGGAUCUUCCCUCUGUCCUUGUUACGACUGAGCAUGAAGUGGGAGAAAUGGAUGAAGAUGAAACUAGGCCAGAAGAUGAAGAGAUGGCAGCAGUACAGACACAUGAGGUGGAGUUCAGCAUCCAGGAGUUUUUGAACAAGAAAUGGUUACGUUUUCUCGGUACAUUGUUUCCAAGUUUUUUGACUUGUUACCCAAGAAUCCAGUGCUACUAGCUGAGCUUGUGUUGUGGAAGAGUUCUGGAGACUGUUAUGAGGUAGUGGAAGGCUAUGGAAGUUUAGCUCUGAGAAAUGCCAGUCAAAGUUCCUCAGUGUGGACAUUUGAGGAGGAAGAAGAGCUACGUGAACUGUAUGAGGAACACAAAGCCUCAGAUGAUCAUGAACAAGCUUGUUGCAAUGAAACUGGUCGCAAGCAGAAAGGAAUUGACCAAAAAACCACCCAAGAAAGGAGUGUGGCCUGAGAAAGAAAUUGAACAGCUACGAGCUCUGUAUGAGGAGUAUAAGAAUUCAGUAGAACAAGAAGAUAUUGUUGAGAAGAUGAUGGAGCAUAUGCUGAAUGGCUCACGGACCAGACGUCAGGUUAUAAACCAGCUGGUGAACUUGGGACUCGUCGAAGACCGAAAGAUGCUUCGUAAGAAGAGGACGAAGGGAAAUAAAAGGAAGAACCAAAAGAAUGACGGAUUUUUAGUGGAUGACGACGAUGAAGGCGGCGAAAGUGAAGGUGGUGAUGCCAUCGAAGAGGGUUUUGAUCAUCCGUCUUUUUCUGAAGAAGAAUCAACAACUGAUGGUGAUGAUGAAAAAGAGGCUGAUAUCAGCGAAGGAUCCCUGAAUAACAUCAUUAACAAGCUGACAAACGCAGGGUUGAAGGAGCAGUUAGAGUGGAUUCAAUCCAAACUUCUCAGGACAGCAGAUGAUAGAGAAAGCACAGAUAAGGAAAAAUGGCAACCACUUCCCUUAGUGACGAUCACAGAAGAAAACGAGGAGGCCCUGGGUAACAAGCUCUUCAGACAAGCACUUAAGAAAGUUGGACUGAAACCUCCAGCCAGUGAACAGGAAACAUUCUGGAGAAUUCCAAUAAGCCUUAACUCAGAACGGCUUCGAAUGGCAGCUAAGGACCUUGAAGGGACUGAUACUGGGGAUGACGAAGAAGCCGUCAAUGAAGAUCCGGUGACACCAUCAGCCGUUAGUAAGAGUAAGUCACGUAAAAAAGCUUUAGCUGCCCUUGCUGCCGCCGCACGGAAAAACAACGGAUCGGCGUCAAGGCGGAAAAGAAAAGAACGCAAUCGGACUGGACUGGAAAACAGGCGACGAGGCGGGAAAGAAUGGAGAAAGGCUAUGAAUGAUGUGGCACCAGAUGAUAACACAGGCCAUGACAGUGAUAGUGAUGAGGAUCCAGGUGAAUUAAAGAACACGGGUGAUAAAGAACCCCGAUCUCCCCCACCCUCAGGGGCACAAAAUAGUGUUAACAGGAAAGAAUCUUCCAAACGAGGUAAACGGCGAGUAAGAGCAUUGGAUGAUAGUGAUGAAGAUGAUACUGAAUUGGGAAGAAGCCUUCACAAUGGACAGGGCGAGUCUAACGAGAAUGAAGAUGAUAAGGAAAAUAAGGCUACUAACGGGAAUGUUACUGCGUCGGAUAGUGAGAAUGGUGAUUUAGAAUACAGCAGAAAUUUGUCUAAUACAGAGGAUGUUAGUGGCAACCACAGCGAGGUUAGACGUACUGAGGCUGGUAAGAAAAGAGCAAGAGAUGAUAACGGUGAUGCAACUAGUGAUGAUGAGGACGAGAAAUUUAACUUACCACUGAAUUCUUACAAAAAAGCCAGGCGGGUUGUUGUUGACGAUGAUGACGAGGAAGAGUGAGGAGAUAAUUGAAAAACUGAAGCAAUUACUUGUAAGCGUUUUUAAGGGUUCAGUGAUUGAAAUUCCUGGUAUUAAAUAAUUUGUAAUACUUCU